AAAAAUAUUCCUUACAGCGUGCUAUCCUUUCCCCACCCGUGUCGCGCACACGUGUUCUCUUCCCUCCCCUACAAACACGAGGUGCGGUUCUAAUUUCGUGACAGCACCGAUACCCACCACUCGAUACCUCUCUUCUUUUAAUUUCUACAAUUCUUCUGGAACCGUGUUUGCGACAGAUCUAGAUCGCCGGCAAUGGCGGACUUGCCGGAAAAUAGCCGGCACUCUUCUAACAGUUCAAAAGAUCACGGAAACGGCAAGGGUACGGAGGAUAGUGAGCACUCUGCUGCCAAUGGUACAAGUAGCUCUUCAGCCUCAGACAUUCCUGGCAAGGUGUUGUCCAAAGUGACCACAAUGCCAGUAGACAUUUCACAUGGAGAUAAAUUGGAGUCAAGUUCAAGUAAGUUUAGGAUGGAAAGGUCAAAGACAGAGAGGCUUAGACACUUAAGUCCUGAAGAUGCAGCACAAAUUUUUGAUGACAAAAUUCCUGUUCAGGAGAAGCUUAAAUUGUUGAACAGAAUAGCUACUGUUAAAGAUGAUGGAACUGUAGAAUUUGAAGUUCCUCUAGAUGUUGAACCUGAGGCAAUUGUUACUCAAUCCACACAAGUAAAUCAUGUUGUUGAUGAUGCACUUGAUGCAACGGACUUUCAUUACAUCCCACCAUUGAAUAUAGUCAUGCUUAUAGUUGGUACACGAGGAGAUGUGCAACCAUUUAUUGCAAUAGGCAAGCGAUUACAGGACUAUGGCCACCGAGUUAGAUUAGCAACCCAUUCAAAUUUUAAGGAGUUUGUUUUGACAGCUGGGCUGGAGUUUUAUCCAUUAGGCGGUGAUCCUAAAGUUCUGGCUGGUUAUAUGGUUAAAAAUAAGGGCUUUCUGCCAUCAGGACCUUCUGAGAUACCUAUUCAGCGAAAUCAAAUGAAAGAAAUUAUUAAUUCUCUGCUUCCUGCUUGUAAAGAACCAGAUAUUGACUCUGGUGUGCCCUUUAAAGCAGAUGCAAUCAUUGCCAAUCCCCCUGCCUAUGGGCAUACCCAUGUGGCAGAGGCACUUAAAAUUCCAAUUCAUAUUUUUUUCACAAUGCCAUGGACGCCAACUACUGAAUUUCCACAUCCUCUGUCACGUGUAAAGCAACAGGCUGGUUAUAGGCUUUCAUAUCAAAUAGUUGACUCUUUAAUUUGGCUUGGAAUACGGGACAUGAUUAAUGAUCUUAGGAAGAAAAAGUUGAAGCUACGACCAGUCACAUAUUUAAGUGGCUCACAAGGCUCUGAGACUGAGAUUCCACAUGCAUAUAUAUGGAGUCCACAUCUUGUUCCAAAACCAAAAGAUUGGGGACCAAAAAUUGAUGUUGUAGGAUUUUGCUUUCUUGAUCUUGCAUCAAACUAUGAACCACCUGAAUCCCUUGUAAAAUGGCUCGGAGAUGGUGAUAAGCCUAUUUACAUUGGAUUUGGUAGCUUGCCUGUUCAAGAACCAAAAAAGAUGACAGAAAUAAUUGUAGAUGCACUGGAGACCACUGGACAGAGAGGCAUAAUCAAUAAAGGAUGGGGAGGUCUUGGGAAUUUGACAGAACCAAAGGACUCAAUAUACUUAUUGGAUAAUUGCCCUCAUGAUUGGCUUUUCUUGCAUUGCAAGGCAGUGGUUCAUCACGGGGGUGCUGGAACAACAGCUGCAGGGCUCAAAGCUGCUUGCCCAACAACGAUAGUUCCCUUUUUCGGUGAUCAACCAUUUUGGGGUGAUAGAGUACAUGCCAGAGGAGUUGGUCCUCCACCUAUCCCAGUUGAUGAGUUUUCGCUUCCCAAGUUGAUUGGUGCAAUAGAAUUUAUGCUAGAUCCUAAGGUAAAGGAACGUGCAAUUGAACUUGCUAAGGCCAUGGAAAAUGAGGACGGAGUGACAGGAGCUGUGAAAGCAUUUUUUAAGCAGCUUCCUCAAAAAAAAUCAGACGCUGAUGCAGAUCCGCAACCAUCUAGUUUUUUUUCUUUAAGAAGAUGUUUUGGUUGUUCCUGAUUCGAAUCCAGUGGAUCAAGGCCAACCUUUUUUUUUACGUGAAUCGCAAAUAUUUACUGCAUUUAUGAGAUUUGCUUGUCACCCUGUCAGGUCAUUGUAUAAUUCUGUGCAUGCUUCUAUUCUCACUGCUUGAGUUUCAGUAUGUAAGUAAAUUUUCUGUGGCUUUUAGUUGAUGUAUGUGCUCCGAAUGUAUGUGUUCUGUAUCAGUAUUUUGCACUUGAAAA